AUGGUCGCCGAAAUCAAGCGUACCGUGAAGCUCAUCACAGAGCAGAGAAAUAUCGACAAGCCGGCGCUUCAGGAGGGCUUCCCUAUGAAGUCAUGGAACAUCGAGGUGUAUAUGCUGGACGAGAUGGGAAAUGAGAAGCCUGCUACCUGCUUCCAAAAAGUUGUCUACAAUCUUCACCCUUCGUUCGAGAACCCUAUCCAAACCUUCACUGAACCACCGUUCCGCUGCGAAAACGAGGGAUGGGGCGAGUUUGAUAUGACAAUUGACUUGUUCACCACUGAGAAGGGCGGCAAGAACACUCUCGCUCACGAUCUUAACUUCGGCAAGCCUCGGUAUGAAGCCAAGCACACGGUCUCCUUCAAGAACCCCUCCGCACAACUCGUCAAUAUCCUGCGGGAAACUGGCCCUGUUGGCGAUGAGAAUGGCAAGAAGGUCAAGAAGGAGUCGAAGUCUGGGGGAAAGAAGGGUAUCGAUAUGGAGAAGCUGGCCGAGUCGUUAGUCAAGUUGAAUGAGGAUGAUCUGCUUCACGUCGUUCAGAUGAUCCAUGAUAACAAGUCGGAGGAUACGUAUACCAAGAAUGACAUUGAACAGGGAGAAUUCCACGUCGAUCUUUACACCUUACCAGAUACACUGGUCAAGAUGCUCUGGGACUUUGUCCAUUCACCAAGCCGAGCCACAUAA